CUGAACAUCAGCAACUAAACACUAAAUCAUCCUCGACUCAGGACUGAACAGGUUCGACAGGACACACCUGAAAAAGGAGGAGGAGACACACCUGAAGAAGAGGAGACACAUUAGUUGUUUUUCACUCAGUCUCGGACCUUUGCAGACGACGGACGCUGUUUCUGCUGCUUCUUAACAAUAAAGUCUGACUUUUUUAAGCUUUUUAAGAACCAUUUUCACCAUGAAGGUGUGGAUCUUGGUGGUUCUGGCCUCCCUGGCGGCUGCAGCAUCCGCGCAGUGUGGAUGUAAAACGAUGAAGUGGGCCACCUGCGAGGGAGCGCCGCCGUCGUGCAACUGUCACGUCAUGGUCGGCGAUGGCCAGAAACAAACUCUGGACUGCGAGAAAUUGGUGCCCAAGUGCUUCCUGAUGAAGGCGGAGAUGUACCGGGCCAGGAAGGGCCUGAGCACCCGUACCGGGGGCAAGCCGGUGGAGUCGGCCUUCGUGGACAACGACGGCAUCUACGACCCCGAGUGCGAGAACGACGGCAAGUUCAAGGCCAAGCAGUGCAACAACACGGAGCAGUGCUGGUGCGUGAACAGCGCCGGCGUGCGCCGCACCGACAAGGGAGACAAGGAGCUCAAGUGUGAGAAGCUGGUGGAGACUUACUGGGUCCGUCUCCAGCUGACGCACAAAGAAAUGAAGGCCAAGGUGGAUGAAACCAAACUAAAGGGCGCCAUCAGCGCGGCCAUCAAGCAGCGCUACUCCAUGGACGAGAGCUUCGUCAAGGAGAUCAAGUACGACCCUGAAGCCCGGCUGAUCGUUGUGGAUGUGAACAAGGAGAAAGGAGAGCGCAUGACGGACCUGAGCCGCAUGGCCUAUUACAUGGAGAAAGACGUGAAGGUGCUGCCCCUCUUCACCUCCCAGGAGACGUUCAGCCCCCAGGUGGACGGCCAGAAGCUGGAGAUGGAGAACAUCCUGGUGUACUAUGUGGACGAGGAGAACCCCACCUUCACCAUGAAGAACCUGCCGGCGGGCAUCAUCGCCACCAUCGUGGUGGUGGUGGUCGUCGUGGUGGCCGGACUCCUGGCCCUGGUGUUUUUGAGGAAGCGGCUCUCCAAGCGGUACAGCAAGGCCCAGCAAAGGGAGAUGGAGCCCAUGUGAGGCGGCAGGAGUCUUUUGGUUGGACUUCCUUCGUUGCACCGGGAGUGGAUCCUUUUGUACCUUUACUGCUGAAUUGAGACGUCUAGGAUGGAUUUGUUUUUUUAGUUACUGGUUGGCACUAAUAUGGGUUCCAACUUAUUUAUGUUAAAUCUGAAAUGCAUCAUCCAGUCUACUGUACAUGCCAUACUGCUUUUAAAUGUGCCUUUUUAAUGUAAGAACCUGUUUGGAUUAAACUACUAUUGUACAGAU